CCAGCGCCCCUCCCUCCUCCUCUUCCUCCUCCACUCUCUCCCAUCGUCCUCUCCUCCUCUCCUCCCCCCGACCCGACCUCUGACCCUGCCCUAGCCCCUCCCCCCGGUCCGUGUCUGCUCAGCUGUUUGGACCGGCUGCUGGGGAGCGUCUCGCUGUGGCAACCCAGAGGCCUGAGUCCGGACACCGCCUCCAGGUUCCUGGAGAACCAGCCAGCAGGGACGUUCCUGGCUCAUGCUGCAGCAGAUCGGGUCACCAUGAUCUCGGUCCGGCUGCCUGAUGAAGGCGGCGCUCCGGCGGUACGCGGCGUGGCGGUCCAACAGCAUCACGCCUUUGUUCACCUGGAGGGAUCCUGGCUGCUCUUUGACGACGUCUUCAAGCUGAUCUCCUUCUACUGCACCAGCAGAGACAUUCUUGCGAUGCCAYUGAAGUUACCUCUGUCUGUUGCCAUGGCAACCAGGGAAGAGGACCUGGAGGUCCUUUCUGCUUUGGGUGCAGAUUUCUGGACGUCUGACCCGAAUCAGAGGCCUCAGAACCCGGACCGGACCGUUCAGCCCAACUCCUACCUGUAUGUCAACCCAGUGCCUGUGGAGGGGCCCAGUUCAGAAAGAAAAUCCUCCGUCUCCAAGCCACAGUCCUUCCUCAGUGAAGCAGUUGCCUCCUCCCUGCAGAAUGGAGAAAUGUCAAAGAAAUUAACUCCACAGGUCAAAGUUCCCAAACGGCCGCCCCCCCGGCCCCCCAGCCUGACUUCAGGCCUUCUCUCCUCUCCUCUCUCACCUCCAGCUACGUCUUCUGGUACUCCAGAAUCUGACAGAAAAGAGGAAGGAAGAGGAGCAGUGAGUGAGAAAGAAGUGAGAAAGUCAACAUCGCCUCCACCGCCGAGACCUACUGCCCCCCAGCUGCCCCAGGGGACAGUACCUCCUGCCCCCCAGCUGCCCCAGGGGACAGUACCUACUGCCCCCCAGCUGCCCCAGGGGACAGUACCUCCUGCCCCCCAGCUGCCCCAGGGGACAGUACCUCCUGCCCCCCAGCUGCCCCAGGGGACAGUACCUCCUGCCCCCCAGCUGCCCCAGGGGACAGUACCUCCUGCCCCUCUCCAGUGUACCUCAGGAUGCCAGCUGCCAGCCAAGGAGGACGGACAAAAUCUUGCAAAGAACUCUCAGGGAGAAAAGAGGAAGGAGAAAUGGGGAAGUAGGGCAGGUCUGCUGGGCGAGGAGGGUGAACAGGAGGAGGCGGUGAAAAGGAAAGCGCAGGAGGAACAAGAGCUGAAGCUGGGGAAGGAGGACAUGCUAAAGACCAACUCCACAUCUUCUCUGGCAAUAAAGAAACCGUCUCGCCCGGUCCCGCCUCCAAGGACUAAGCCGUCCCUCGCAAACUCAGCUGGGGGCUCCAACCAGGCAGCUGGAGGACCAACCGAUCAGAGUGCAGGGAUGAAAGUUCCCCCUCCCUCACCGACUCGGCGCCCAGAUGUGUCCCUGUACUCGCCACAGGGGGCUGCUGGUCUGGCAGCUGACCUCGAUUCCUGCUCAACCAGCAGCACAGAGGAAGAGGGAGAGCUUAACCAGGAGCAGGAUGCAAACCCCAGGGUUCCUGCAGACAGAAGCUGCACCAAAGCAGCCGUCAAGAGAACCCCGACCAUCAUGUUGGACCGAGCCCGCCACCGCCUCUCUACCGUCCUUACUGGACUCAUCUGCCAUGACGGCCGCCUCACCAAGCGAAUCAUCGAGUUGGCCAGAGACCCUGUUAGCUACUUUGGUAACCUGGUCAAGGACCACAGAGCUUUCACCCUGGAGACGAUGUCCAAGCACACGACGUCCACAGAGCUUCUGCAGGAGAUCAGACAGAUGAUGACUCAGCUGAAAAGUUACCUCCUGCAGAGCACGGAGCUGCAGGCUCUGCUGGAGCCUCAGCAUCAGUACACRCAAGACAAGCUGGAGAGCCUGGUGGAAGCGGCUCUGUGUAAGAGCGUCCUGAAGCCGCUGAAGGAACCGAUCUACCGGAGCCUGGAGAGGCUGCACACCGAGAGCCAGAGGCAGCUGGAGCAGAACCAGGCCGUGGUCCUGGCCAGCACCACCACAGCGUUGGGGAUCUGCACCUCCAUCCCGGAGGCGGCGGCAAUGGAGCGGAUCAGCCUGAAGCUGAGCAAGCUGCACCAGGAGUAUUCCCCCCAGAGGAAGAUCCAGCUGCUGCUGAAGGCCUGCAGGCUCAUCUACCACUCCAUGUCCGUCAGCUGCCCAGGCCGGGCCCACGGCGCUGACGACUUCCUGCCUGUGAUGAUGUACGUCCUGGCCCGGUCCAACAUGGCCGCUCUGCAGCUGGACGUGGAAUACAUGAUGGAGCUGAUGGACCCGGCGCUCACCCAGGGCGAAGGUAGGGCAGGGGACGUUAGUGGUSYGUYUUUCCUCCUGACUAAAGCCSCUUUUGCACUGCAGAACCCAGGCUGACGCCGGGCUGAUCGUUUUUGCAUUAGCACUUCCAGCCCGGCUCCCUGGAACCCAGAGAGCUGCGGUUCCGACCGGGCCGGUUUGGAGUUAGCUGUUGAUUGGUUCAUUAGCUGUGGGGGCGGGACAAAGACCAGACCUCUGGAUCAGAGCUGGACUUUCUCCAUGGCUGUCAUUUCAAUAUGCUGCAUCAAUAAACUCCCGUCAUAAUCUGUUCUAACCCUAAUCUGGAUUAGAUUCGCCUCUUCAGCCAAAGAUUUUAACGGUAAAUGUAAAUAACGUUUCUCCAAUGAACCAAUCAGAAGUCGGCCAGGCU